UAAAUUUGAGCUUAAUUUAAUUCGCUCUCAUACAGUUUGUUUAUUGCCGGUUCUUGAUAAGAUUACGAAAAAUUUCACAAUAAACUCUGUACCUUCCAUUCGUCAAAAUUUUAUUUAGUCGUGCAGAAUAUAGUUCGUAUAGGAUGGAGAUAUCAUUAAAGGGAAAGAAAAUAGUAGUUACCGGCGCAGGGCAAGGAAUUGGUAAUGAACUAUGCAAAACACUAGUGAAAAUGGGUGCCCAGGUAGUAGCUGUAUCGCGUUCUCCCGGUCCAUUGGAAGCUCUAAAAGAAGAGUGUUCUACAAUUGAGAUCAUACAAGUUGAUCUAAGUGACUGGAAUGCAACUACUGCGGCCUUGAAAAAUAUAGAUAGAGUUGAUGGAUUAGUCAACAAUGCGGGUAUAGCUAUUAUAAAACCAUACGAAGAGCUUUCUGAGCAGGAUUUUGAUGCCACGUUCAACAUCAACAUUAAAGCAGCAUUUCACGUGAGUCAAUUACUCAUUCCAAAAAUGCCCCCCGGUGCCAGCAUCGUAAAUCUAUCGUCAUUGGCCAGCAUCAAAGCUUUUCAGGGUCACUCGGUCUAUUCCAUGACCAAGGCAGCAAUGGAUGCAAUGACCAAAAGCUUAGCCUGUGAGCUGGGACCAAAGAAAAUACGUGUCAAUAGCGUCAAUCCUACUGUUAUACUGACCAGAAUGGGACGCGAGAACUGGAGUGACCCGGCUAGGGCUGAUCCGCUGAUAGCAAAAAUUCCUCUCGCUCGCUUCGGCGAAGUGGUUGAGGUGGUUGAACCAAUCGUAUACUUACUGAGUGAUAGAUCUGGCUACAUCAACGGACACUGCUUGCCAGUGGAAGGUGGAUUUUUGGCGGGUAACUGAAAUUGUUGGAACAGUACAAGACACAAAGUUUAAACUACAAAUAAAACCAUUUAUUAUGUUUCAAUAAUUCCGUUUAUUACAUGCUUCAUUGGUUCAAACUAUUAAAAAAUAAGUUCCUUACAUACGAGACGAGUAACAUAGAAAUUGGCCUUAAAAGUAGCACUGCAGCGUAUUUCUCAAAAGAUAAAACAAAAAAUCUUUAUUGUGGAGUUGGUUGGUAUUUUAUUACUGUGUUUUCGCUUCAGAUAGGGAUAUGCAGCUAAGCUUAUCUACAUUCGGUUAAGUACAUAUGAUUGAAAAAUGUGUUACAUGAUCAUUUGAAAAUAUAUUGGUUUCUGGUUGUGCUUUGA